CCCUGCAGGACCUCGAGUCCCCACCGGCGUGGAGUCCGUGGCAAGUCACAGGCACCCUCGCGGGGCAGGGCGGUGUCGGAGGCGCCACCCGCCAAGAGGCCCAGGGGGCAGCCGGCACCGUCGUCAUACAGGCCACGGCGCAGAUCACCGAUGCCGCCAUGGAACGAUAUACCCAUGGUGGGAUGCAUCAGAAGGGCACCGGUGAAGAGGAGGCCGUCACCACCGCCUUCACCAAGCUCGUGUAAGAGACCGCCGUCGCCGCCGAGGCCGUCGGAAAGGCACCGAUCACAAUCCAGGUCACCGAAAAGGCCUCGACCAUCGCCGCCAGCCUCGCCGCUCCCAUCCAGGUCGCCGUCUCCGCCCCCAGCCAGGUUGACGAAGAGGCCGCCGUCGCCGCCCCCAGCCAGGUCGACCAAGAGGCCGCCGUCGCCGCCCCCAGCCACGCCGACGAAGAGGCCGCCAUCGCCGCCCCCAGCCAGGUCGACGAGGAGGCAGUCGUCGCCGCCCCCAGCCAGGCUGACGAAGAGACCGCUGUCGCCUCGCCCAGCCACGCCGACGAAGAGGCCGCCGUCGCCGCCCCCAGUCAGGUCGACGAAGAGGCCGCCGUCACCGCCCCCAGCCAGGUCGACGAGGAGGCCGCCGUCACCGCCCCCAGCCAGGUCGACGAGGAGGCAGUCGGCACCGCCCCCAGCCAGGCCUUCCCUCAGACCGUCGGUCGGCAGUUCCACGGGAGUCCAAAAGGAUGCGAUGCCGGACUCCGACUUCAGCAAGACACUGCCGGUCUGGCUGCGCGGCUCGGCCAAGGCCGUGCUCGAGGCGAGCCGGAGUUGCCGCCGGUGCAGAGGGGGUGGCUUCCGACCCAGAUGGAUCCAGACGGCGCCGGCGGGGGUAAGCUUCACUGUGUGCGGCUGCAGUGCCGACCUCGACCCCUUGGUGUUGGUCGGCGUGGUGGGCAUGGCCGUGUGGACUCUGUCCAGGGCGCCCCCCGUCCAGGUGCUGUCCUUCGGCGGCAAGGACGAGUCGGGCAAGCGGCUUGUGGUCGACGCCGAGGACGCCUUCGUCAAGGAGCAGGUGCGCAAGCACUUCCAUGUGGUGCCGGGGCCGCGCCGGGUGGACGAGGCCGCGAGGGAGGAGGCCUUGCGUGUUGUGCUGGGCCGCAUUGCCGGUGUGGUGCGGCUGCGCGCCGCCCGCGAGACAGGCUGGUGCCCGUCGUGUCUGGAACACGGCGUUGCCCGCCGCCUGACCUCUAACCAUACCGUCGGAGACUGCAAACACCGAGCGUGCUGGUGCUGGUGCUGCCAGAGUGGCUCUCCCUUCCGCGGCCUGCUCGACAAGUACGCCGUCCACCAGAUUCUGUCGGUCCGCCUGGGAGAAGCCAGGAUGAAGCCCGUCAAGACUGAAGAACUUUCACGCAGUUCGCCUCUGGAUUCUUUGGAUUCGUCAGGAAGUUCCGCGGCUUCAUCAAUCUCCUCAGCAAGUUCUUCGUCGACUUCCUCGCCAAGUUCUCCUUCAAGUUCUUCGUCAAGGCCCUCUUCAAGUUCUCCGGCAAGUUCUCCCUCAAGUUCUCCGUCAAGGUCCCCGGCAAGGUCCCCGGCAAGUUCUCCCUCAAGUUCUCCCUCAAGUUCUCCGUCAAGGUCCCCGGCAAGUUCUCCUUCAAGUUCCCCGGCAAGUUCUCCUUCAAGUUCCCCGUCAAGUUCUCCGUCAAGGUCCCCGGCACCUUCUUCGUCAAGGUCUCCGUCAAGGUCCCCGACACCUUCUUCGUCAAGGUCUCCGUCAAGGUCCCCGGCACCUUCUUCGUCAAGGUCUCCGUCAAGGUCCCCGGCACCUUCUUCGUCAAGGUCUCCGUCAAGGUCUCCCUCUAGUUCUCCAUCAAGGUCCCCGGCACCUUCUUCGUCAAGGUCUCCGUCAAGGUCCCCGGCACCUUCUUCGUCAAGGUCUCCCUCUAGUUCUCCGUCAAGGUCCCCGGCACCUUCUCCCUCAAGGUCUCCGUCAAGGUCCUCGGCAAGUCCUUCGUCGACCCCAUCUCCGGACUCAACCUCCGCUGUGCGUGCUGAAGCUUCCUCGCCUGUGUCUUCUGAGGUGGUUUCUCCUGUGCCGUCGCCUGGGCCUUCUGGAGAGGCCUCGCCUGUGCCCUCUGGAGAGACCUCCCCUGUGCCUGCUGAGUCGCCCUCUCCUACUCCUUCUGAUGUGCCUCCAGCAACGCCCACUCGUGCGCCUCCUGGAACUUCUGGAGCGCCCUCUAGUCCCGUGCCUUCUAAACCACCAUCUCCCGCGUUGUUUCAAACGUUUGAGCCACUCUCUCCUGUGUUGUUUGAACCGUUGGAAGAACCACGCUCUCCUGUGUUAUUUGAAACGUACGAACCACCAUCACCUGUGUUGUUCGAAACGUACGAACCACGCUCCCCUGAGUUGUUUGAAGACCCAUCCUGUCCUGUGUCGUUUGGAACGCCCCCUCCUGUGCUAACUCUCCGGGCGAAGUCGUUGAGUCUGAAAAAACUCAAGGUAGCCGUCGACGAAGCGCUCAAUGCUGCACCGGCUAAGGCGUACUCCAGCUUUCGGUCUGAGCUUCCUAGUCCCAAGCAGUCGCUGCAAGUCAUGGCGGUGCACGUCCGGCCCAGCGGCCCUGCCAGCCCCAUGCCUGCGACGGCCGCCAAGCCCCUGCGCCCCGUCACAGUGGUCGCCGAGGCCUCCUCCACCACGGCCAGCACCGCGCACAGCACCGCGCCCAGCACCGCGCCCACGGACGACUGCAGCCCGCCAGUGCAAAGCCCGGACGCCGUCGCCGAGGACAGCCCGCUGGCCGAUGAGGAGCCCUCAGACGCCGACCAUUCGUGUCUCUGGUGCGGCCAGACGUUCAGCGACGAGGCGGAGGCCGAGGCGCACUCCGUCACGCACGCCGAGCCGGAGUCCGAGCCCGAGUGCGCGUCCAAGACGGAGUCGGAGCUGGAGGCCGACGCCGUUCCGGACUCCAAGGCGCUGCAGCUGCGAGAGGCGGUGCUGCCCGCCGGAGUGGAUCCGGACAACGCGGACGACGCGCCGGUGGUGGCGCCGGAGGCCAUGUUGACGCCGGACAGGUGCGCGCCGCUCGUCGGGGACUUCGCCGUCGCUCCUCCUCCUCCUGUCAAUCCUAGUCUCAGCUGUUGUGUGUCUGCGCAGCUUGCGCAGCGCGCGCCGCAGGAGCACGGAGAGUUUAGCCCGGUACUGCGAGGAAUCCCCUGGAGGGCGCCGGAGCCGCCUUCGUCGACGCUGGCCUGCAACGAGUGCGCGCUGAGCUUCAAGACGCGCGUGCAGCAGGCGCGGCACCGCCUGGUGGCCCACUGCAAGCCGCGGUCGCAGCAGUGCCCCGAGUGCCCCGCUACCUUCGGCUCGCGCGUCCGCCAGCGCCUGCACGUGGCCGCGACGCACCGCGCGCUGCGCCUGCCCUGCCAGGCGUGCCCCGCGCGCUUCCCCUCCGAGCUGCUCCUCAGCGCGCACCUCCUGGUGGAGCACGCCGCGCGCGGCGCGGUGCUGCCGUGCCCCGCCUGCUCGUCGCCCACCACCUCGGCCGGCCAGCUCACGGCGCACAUCCGCGCCUUCCACCCGCGCCAGCAGCCACUGCACUGCAGCGUGUGUCCGCGGGACUUCGACAACGUCUCCUCGCUGCUGCUGCACCACUACGGCCACCUGGCCGCCAUGCGCCGCCAGCACUGCGCCGCGUGCGUGGCCUGGUUCCCCGCCAUGGAGCUGCUGCAGGCCCACGAGCGGUGCGCGCACGGCGACCCGCUCCGCUUCGACUGCCCCGAGUGCGAGCACCACGAUCACGCCGCCGAGGCCCUCAGCCAGCACCUUGCCAACGCCCACCCCGGCGCCACGCCGUACGCCUGCCGGUGCGGACUGCGCUUCAACGCGCUGGUGGCCUUCCGCGAGCACGCCGUGCAGAGCCUGCACUUGGCGGCGCUGCUCGCGGACGUCGAGGACUCGCCCACCUUCGUGUGCAGGGUGUGCAAGUUCGAGUCCAAGGAGCGGCUCGCCCUCAUGGAGCACGAGGAGGCCCACAUGCAACUGCUGCCCCUCCACAGGGUGGCCCAGGUCCUCACCCUCAUGCAGGAUGCCAAAGUUUAUUCAGACUCGUAGAGACAAUGUUGCCAAUUUUGAGUCGUUAGGAUAAGCAGAAUUGUUGCAAUGUUAUUGGUUUGUUGCAGGAUUAUUAUUUUCAGUAUCUUUAAAGCAAAUGGUGACAUCCCUGUGAUAAAAGAAGUAAUUAUUUUUAUGCCUUGUUUUUGAGAAACUGUGGGUUAUGAAAUGAUGAUUUCCUUUUUGAGAUGAAAGAUUGUUUCCCAGAUCUCCUGAGAGCCGUAUGUGCUCUAUUGUUUUAUUUCAUUUGUUGAAGAUUAUAUUGUGGAAUAACUGUAAAAUUGACUAAUUUUUACCUACAAGUUUUUCUUUGUAGAAUGAUUUUCCUCAUAAGUUUGUGUAACUAGAUCUAGUUUUUCUACUGAUUGGGGCAGUGAAAAUCUUAUUACUUUUGUUUUUUUGUUUUUAAUAGUCUAAGCCAUGAAAACUAUUACAAAUGACUGAUUUGCAUUUUUGUUGUGUACAACAACCAAGCGAUGAAAAGAUUAAAUGACUGAUACACUUGCAUUUUU